GGUGUGACGUGAUGCUGCACUGUUUUUUUGGGGGAUAAAUAACUUCACUUGUUGUAGUGGGGCUUCAAAGCAUUGCCAGGCAGCGGACUGGGAGCAGGGGGUGCGCGCACGCACACUGCAUUACGCACCAGGCUGCACUUGACUAUUUGUAUCAAGCUGGUUUUCUAGAUCUGUUGAGUAAAGGAAACAUAUUUUAAAACUAAAAGACCUCAUCUUUUUAAGGUUACAAAUGUAGUCCUUCCAUUCAGUUCAUGGAUAAACACAUUGAAGUUGGAUCCGAAACAGAAACAGCAGUAAAUAUGUUGGAUACGUUGUAAAGCCUGCUAUUUCUUCGAUGCACAAAGGACAUAAGCAAGAUCCCCAUCAUGGAUGAUACAUUGGAGGGAAUUAACCCGGCAAAUGCAAGAGCUCUGUUACUGGCAUGCGUGACUCUGCUGUUCUCCCUCCACCUGUGGCGCUGGCUGCAGCGGCAGCGCUCGAACCCCGGCCCGCCCGGCCCGCCCGGUCCGCUCGCCUGGCCGUUCGUCGGCAACGCACCGCAACUUGGCAACGCGCCGCACCUGUAUUUUGCGCGCAUGGCGAAGAAAUACGGCAACGUCUUCCAAAUCAAACUGGGCACUCGGACCGUGGUGGUGCUGAACGGGGACUCCAUCAAACAGGCGCUGGUCAAGCAGGGAGCCGAGUUCGCCGGCAGACCGGACUUCACCUCCUUCCAGUACAUCGGCGGCGGGGACAGCCUCGCGUUCGGCACCAACACGGACUGGUGGAAGAUGCACCGCCGGGUGGCCCAGUCCACCGUCCGCAUGUUUUCCACCGGGAACCCGCAGACCAAGAAGGCGUUUGAGCACCACGUCCUCUGCGAGGUCAGGGAGCUGCUGCAGCUGUUUGUGGAGAAAACCAAGGCGCACCAGUACUUCCAGCCCAUGACGAACCUCGUGGUGUCCACGGCCAACAUCAUGAGCGCGGUGUGCUUUGGCAAAAGGUACUCCAACGAGGACGAGGAGUUCCUGCAGGUGGUGGGCAGGAACGAACAGUUCACCAAAACGGUGGGGGCGGGGAGCAUAGUGGACGUGAUGCCCUGGCUCCAGUACUUCCCCAACCCCAUCAAAACCAUAUUUGACGACUUUAAGUCGCUCAACCUGGAGUUCAACACGUUCAUUAGAGACAAAGUCAUGGAGCACAGGAAGAACUUCCAGUCGAGUGUCAUCAGAGACAUGACGGACGCCUUCAUAGUGGCGAUGGAUGCGCUGAGGGAUAAAUCGGGGCUCGCGCCAAGGAAGGACUACGUGGCCCCCACGGUGGGGGACAUAUUUGGAGCGAGUCAGGACACCCUGUCGACCGCACUGCAGUGGAUCAUCCUCUUACUUGUCAAGUUCCCUGAGAUGCAGGUGCAUCUCCAGCGGGAGGUGGACAAGGUGGUGGACCGCAGCCGGCUGCCUUCCAUCGAGGACCAGCCGCGGCUGCCGUACGUCACGGCCUUCAUCUAUGAGGUGAUGCGCUACACCAGCUUCGUGCCGCUCACCAUCCCCCACUACACCACCGCGGACACCUCCAUCAUGGGCUACGCCGUGCCGAAGAACACGGUCGUCUUCGUCAACCAGUGGUCCAUCAACCACGACCCGGCCCGGUGGGACCAUCCGGAGACCUUUGACCCCCAGCGCUUCCUGAGCCCGGACGGAGAGCUGAACAAGGACCUGGCCGGCGGCGUGCUCAUCUUCUCCCUGGGCAAGCGGCGGUGCAUCGGCGAGGAGCUGUCCAAGCUGCAGCUGUUCCUCUUCACGUCGCUCAUCGCCCACCAGUGCCACAUCACCGUGGACCCGGCCCGGCCCGUCAAAAUGGACUUCAACUACGGCCUGACUCUGAAACCGCACCCUUACUCCAUAGCAGUGACUCUGCGGGAAGAUAUGAGGCUGCUGAAUGUGGCUACCAGGCAGGCCGUGCCCGAGCAGGAGGUCAAGGCCCAUAAAACAGACUCAUAAACAGAAAGACAAAAAUAAACACUGUAAUAAGCAAAACAAAUGAAGGCUGGAACACAAAAGACUAAUGAACUCUAGCUCAUGUUUGUGGGCUGAAAACUAUAUUUAUAAGCUGAAAUCUCAGGCAAAAUUCUCAUCACUGAUUACUGACUCAUUUUAGAGCAUUAUAGUGCCAGGAAGGAACAGAUGUUGCGUCUGUUUUAGAGGAGACACGGCGUAUAAGCCACGCCCCCCACAACCAGCAGUUCACCGUUACCAUUUAGCAAUUAGCAUCUUCUUUUGAUCCAUCGAGGUGGAAUCGAUUGAAAAGCAGAAACCAUUAAGCAAACAUCGACGUCAUAGUGUUAGCAGAGCUUUUCUAUUAACAUUUUCGCUGCCAAAUUAAAAGAGACAUCACCAAAAUGUCAGCUUUUCAGGAAUCCUUUCAAUUUGGCCGCCAUUUUAAUAAUGUUCUUCUUUACAAGGGUCGCAAUGUCCAACUUCACGAAAUGUGUGUGAUAGUUGACAAAAGUAAUGUGCCACUUAAGGUCAGACCGAUGCAGUGAUUCUGCGUGAACAGACGAAUAAGCUCAUGGAGUGCAUCAGCCCUUUAGCCUAAU